AUGCAGAAGGAUACUAGUACCAGUGCCCCAUCAACCACAAGUGGUCGGAUUAGGCACCGAAAACGCUCAAAUGAGGUUAUUCCGGAAGUUAGCAAAGCAAAUGGGACCCAGUUACUUGUGAAUGACAAAAGCAAAUACAAGUCCAUGCUAAUUCGAGCAUAUUCAUCCGUAUGGAUGAUUGGUGGCUUUGUGUUGAUCAUCUAUAUGGGUCACCUCUACAUCACUGCAAUGGUGGUGGUUAUUCAAAUCUUCAUGGCAAGGGAGCUUUUCAAUCUGCUCAGGAGAGCUCAUGAAGAUAGGCAGCUGCCUGGAUUUAGACUAUUAAACUGGCAUUUUUUCUUCACUGCAAUGUUAUUUGUUUAUGGCCGGAUUCUGAGUCAACGCCUGGUUAACACUGUAACAUCAGACAUGGUUCUGUAUCGCCUAGUGAGCAGUCUUAUUAAGUAUCAUACGGUUAUCUGCUACUCCCUGUACAUUGCUGGAUUUAUGUGGUUCAUUCUCACAUUGAAGAAGAAGAUGUACAAGUACCAAUUUGGCCAGUAUGCUUGGACACAUAUGAUUCUAAUUGUUGUAUUUGGCCAGUCCUCCUUCACUGUGGCAAGCAUUUUUGAAGGGAUUUUCUGGUUUCUUCUCCCAGCAACCCUUAUUGUCAUUAAUGAUAUUGCUGCUUAUAUCUUUGGUUUCUUCUUUGGAAAAACCCCUUUGAUCAAGUUAUCUCCAAAGAAAACCUGGGAGGGUUUUAUUGGGGCAUCCGUUACCACCAUCAUCUCUGCAUUUUUGCUUGCUGACAUCAUGGGUCAUUCUCAGUGGCUAACAUGUCCAAGGAAGGACUUGUCAACUGGUUGGCUUCACUGUGAUCCUGGUCCUCUGUUUAAGCCAGAAUCCUAUUCCUUAUUAGGAUGGACUCCUCACUGGUUUCCUUGGAAAGAGGUGUCAAUCCUACCAGUUCAAUGGCAUGCUUUAUGUCUUGGCUUGUUUGCUUCUAUUAUUGCACCUUUCGGAGGUUUCUUUGCAAGUGGUUUCAAAAGGGCUUUUAAAAUAAAGGAUUUUGGUGAUAGUAUUCCAGGACAUGGUGGAAUUACUGACAGAAUGGAUUGCCAGAUGGUUAUGGCCGUGUUUGCUUAUAUAUAUCAUCAGUCAUUUGUUGUUCAACAUAGUCUGUCGGUUGAAAUGAUUUUGGACCAGAUAUUGAUCAACCUAUCAUUCAAUGAACAAGAAGCUCUAUAUGGGAGACUUGGGGAAAUUUUACAACAGGGGAUUCCAGGGAAAUUCUAG